UUAUCACAUUCUCACACUCUUUUAAUUACUCAUUUUCUGUAAAAAACGUAAUUUGUGACAGUAUUUAAUCACUUAAUUAAUUAAAUUCGACAAGUUUAAAACUCAAAUCUAGUGAAUUGUGUUUUAUUGUGGUGGCACCUUGGUGAAGUGUGAACCUGACGUGACGAGACGAGAGUGGUGGGGGAAAUGCCACAACGCGACGCGAGCAGCAAAUUUUUGGUCGACUGUAAUUUCAAUAUAAAUCUGACUAACUUCACUGKGGUUGUYGUGGCGACACUGCGUGUCAAGUGUCAAAAAAUAAAAAUGACCACGGAUUUAAUAGUUGACCCACAAAUUCGGUUUUGGGUGUUUUUGCCCAUUGUGGUGAUCACAUUUCUMGUCGGAAUAUUGCGUCAUUACAUAUCUAUCCUUUUGUCAAGUCAGAAGAAGGUUGAAAUUCAGCAAUUGCAAGACAGCCAAUUGAUCCUCCGGGCCCGAGUUUUGCGUGAAAAUGCCAAAUAUAUACCGAAAAGUUCGUUUCUGGUGCGAAAACACGCAUUUAACAGAGAAGAGGAGGGUUAUUUGAUGCAGAAGCGGCCCCCAGUGGCGCAGAACCUCAUGACGGACCCCUCAAUGAUGACGGAUAUGUUGAAAGGGAAUUUGACUAAUGUUUUACCAAUGAUUAUAAUUGGGGGUUGGAUAAAUUGGAUGUUUUCGGGGUUUAUUACGACCAAAGUACCGUUUCCGCUGACUUUGAGGUUCAAGUCAAUGUUGCAAAGAGGAAUUGAGUUGUCCCAUUUGGACGCCUCAUGGGUUUCGUCGGCUUCUUGGUACUUUUUGAACGUUUUUGGGUUGAGGAGCAUUUAUGCUUUGGUUUUGGGGGAGAAUAAUGCGGCGGAUCAGAGCAAGCAGAUGCAGGAUCAGAUGUCGGGGGCUGCCAUGGCCAUGCCCAAUGACCCCAAAGUGCCCUUUAAAGCGGAAUGGGAAGCUUUGGAAAUUGUUGACCACCAAUGGGUCUUAACAGACGUGGAAAAUACACUCAUGCAAUCUGAUUAAAUUUUUAUGUGUUUUGUUUUAAUUAAUGUUAAGUUGUGAACUUACGUUUCAUUAAAUAUACUGCUGUUAAUUUAU